UUUGGUCCUUAACUUUUUCAUGGCCCUCUGUCUCCUCUGUUACGUUUACUUGCUCUUCUUCAAUAUUGAAUUAAAAAAUGGGGGAUUAAAAAAAAUUUGGCAAAAACUGUUAUACUUUGUUGCUAAUAUGAAACUCGACAAUCCAAUAUGAAAUUCAAGGUAAUUGAAGGUGAUUAAAGCAACUCGUUCCAGAACGUUUUUUGAUUUUUGGCCGGAGCUACAUCUUGUGCGCCAGCCUAACCUCGAUCCCAGGGUAUCUUGCAUAUACGCUGGGGUCAGGUUUGCGCUAGCCAUAUAUCAGAAAGCAAAAAAACCAUGAGAACGAGAUUGUGGGCAAAAAAGUUUCUAAGAAGGAUGAUUGUAGUCAAAUUAAACACAACGAUGGAGAGCCAUUCAAGUGUCAUAUGACAGACACAUGAACCACGAAUGUAAUUAAACCAACUUGAUUGCUAUGCUUCUAUGGCUUAAUAUAUUAUAUCAAUAUUUUAAAAGACUAGGAAUUAGUUUAAUUUUAAAAUAAAAGUUUCAAAACAUCUCAUGACAAUACAUUUAUAUAUCAUAAGUUCUUUCAAAACAUCUUAUGAGAAAACAUUUAAGUUGUUUUAAGUAACAAAUUUUUUUAGCAGCGUAUUUCUUUACGAUGCUUUCACCGCAUCUCUUGCUUCUUCUUCUUCUUGUUUAUGUCACUCAAGCAGAAAAAAUCAGUGUUUGUUUUUACACCAACUGGGCUCAAUAUAGAUACGGCGUAGCAAAAUUCUUACCAGAGGACAUUGAUGUAACGUUAUGCAGUCAUAUCAAUUACGCUUUCGCAAAAAUUAAUUUACAAACACAUAAGCUGGAGGAGUAUGAAUGGAAUGACGAUGGAAUGAUUACACGGGUCAAUGCAUUGAAGAAGCAAAAACCGUCGUUGAAGACAAUCAUAUCCGUGGGUGGCUGGAAUCACGAAUUUCAACCAAGAUUUUCCAAAAUGGUAGCCACUGCUGCAAAUCGAAAAAUUUUUAUCGAUUCAGCUAUCGAAUUUUUAAAAAAACACGAAUUUGAUGGUUUGAGUUUGGAUUGGGAGUAUCCAGGUAAUCGAGGAUCGCCAGCAGAAGACAAAGACAGAUAUAUACUCCUUCUUCAGGAAAUAUUUCAAGCUUUUCAAAAAGAAGCCAUUUUAACAAACAAAGAUCGCUACACGCUCACUGCUUCUGUCGGGGCUGGCGGACCUGUUAUUGCAAAAGCUUACGACAUAGAACAGAUGAUUGAAUACGUAGACUGGGUCAACCUUAUGUCCUACGACUUGCACGGAUCAUGGGAAAAUAUCACCGGUUGCUCGACAGCCAUGUCAGGUGUUAUUCCGACUGUGCCAAAUUCUUUAGACAUUUGGCUCAAAGGAGGUAUGCCUGCGAGUAAAAUAACACUUGGCCUGGCAGCAUAUGGACGAAGUUUUCUUCUUAAAUCAGCAGACCAACAUGGACUUGGUGCACCUGUACUGGGUCCUGGAACAGCUGGAAAAUACACGAGAGCUAGUGGUUCACUGUCAUACUACGAAGUUUGUUCAACAAACUGGGAAAGUGACACAACUUGGCCAAUAAGUGGAGCAAAAGCGCCGUUUGCUUCCAAAGACCGUCUCUGGAUUGGAUAUGAUACUGUAUCCAGCAUUCGGUAUAAAGUGCAAACAUUAGUUAAAAAACAUAACCUAUUGGGAAUUGGUUUUUGGGCUCUAGAUUUCGAUGAUUUUACCGGAACACUGUGUAAGUUUGGAAAAUACCCCUUACUAAGUGAAGCCGUGCGAACAAUGAAUGGUGCAAUGGAGACAAAAAUGCGAAAGGAUGUCCGCAAGACCACUUGUACUGCCGUUUCAAGAUGGCGACAUAUUACAUCAUUGGUCACGUGGUGUAAGGAUAAUUGUGUUAAUAGAAAAUGUCCAACCUGGAUGUGUAAUUGCUAUUAGGAAUAAAAAUCAGAUACAGUUCAUCUGUUUUUUUUAAUUUUUAUCUUCUGGAAGAUGCAUGACAGCACAGCACCAAACAAACAAAAAAUACUUUAAUGUUCUAUCAUCCAGGUAUUUCUUUCCGCCAAUCAAAUUCAAAGUACUCGCUAGACACGCUUACCCCUUUGAUUAUUUCUUUUGCACGCAUGAUAUUUUAUUCGUAACGUAGAUUUUUCAAAUAUUUUAUUACGUAGAUUAAAAAGAUAUCAGUCCAAAAUGCUAUGUACAUUAGAUUUUUCUGACCAAGAAAUCGAAAAGGAAAAUUUAAUUAACCUUAGAGAAUAGGAUUGAAUGAAAGUUCAAUUAUUGUUCUGUUCCCUAGCUUCCUCGACUUUUUUUAGUUGUCUCCUGUACUCCUUUUUGUUUUUUUGUUGUGAAGUCCACGUAAUUUUUACUACGCCGCGAUAUAUGUUCUACAUCCACUCCCAUACUAGAUAGGAUGGACAUCAACAAUACUAUCUGGUUAAAAUUUCUCGAAAUUUUUCGCGCCUAAAAACUUAGCAAGUUGCGAAAAAAUUUUCCCGCGAAAGUUUCUUAUUUUGAAAGUAGUUUUAACUUUACAAUAUUCUAUGCACAAUACGCAGCUUCUUCUUCUUCUUCUUCUUCUAUGCCCUUUCGAUUUGUAAAAACAGUGUUUUAUUUAUCUUAGGCGAGGCAAAUGACUUUAAAGUUAUUUGCUUCUGUAGACUAAUCCCUUUAUGUUAAAAUGAACAGGGAGACGGGA